AUGGAAGGUUCGCUGAUGCCAAUUGCUAUUGGAAUAAGCCGUGCCAUUGGCUUGUGCAAUCUUCGCUAUAUGCCGGAACUGAAACGCUUUGAGCUGGAUCAUGGGGCCAUGAUGGUUUAUUGGCUGUUCUUAGAUGUAGUGUACCUGGUGCUCACGCCCACGACCUUUAUCGUGAUGGUUCAUAGCUUCUUUAGCUGCCAGGAUAUGGACAUGCUGGCUGUGGCUUUUAGCGCAGUGGCUCUGGCCAAAGGCUGCUCGAUGCUGGUGAUGCUGGCUAGCAUUUGGCUGCGACGUCGACGAGUGCAGCGUCUCGGAAAUGGUCUGCUAGCGUUGGUUGAGCGAUAUCCCCGAUAUCAUGACUAUAGCUUCUGGCGGCGACACUCUUGGAAACUCUUCUUGGGCACCGCACGUUUUGUAGUGCUGAUACAUCAGCUGUUUGGACCAGGCAGCGCGCUCAUGUGUGGCGAAGACGAUGAAAUCGUGACAAAAGUACCGCCCACUUACAUUGUCCUGGCCGUGGCUACUCUGCUGAUGGAACUAGCGCUUAGUUGCUCUGACACCUUGAUAUACUUUCUGCUGGCCACCAGCAAUCGUCUGCUUGAGUGCAUGUCGCAGGAGCUGCUUGAGCUGGCACAGGAUGUGCGCUGGUUACCCUCAUCGCAUGGCUGCCAUCGAAGUGUUUACCAGCGCCAGCUUUUGGCCGCUUGGCGGCGUCUCUGGCGUAGUUGUUUGCGUCUUGAUUGCUUGCUCCAGCAGCUGCUGCAGAUCUUUCAGUUGCAAAUGCUAUUGAAUCUGUUUACCAACUAUCUGAUCGACAUAACUAUUAUAUUCAAUCUGGUUGUCUACUUUGCCGAUGCGGAAUACAUCAGUAAAUGGCGAAUUAUUUUCUAUUUCGUGAUUUGCAUAUCCUACCACUUUGAUAUUAUGAUGCACUUCUCCAUAUUUGGAACCAACCAUCAGCAAUGGAUGCGCCUCUCUGCACGCCUACAAAGGUUGUGGUUUGCACUAAAGCCAUUGAAUAUAGAUUGGCAGGAUACUCACGCGAUGGCCAUGUUGCGUCAGGUCGAGUUCGCUGUGAUUUUUCUCAACCGGAAGCAGCAGCGGCGUCCGGAACGCAUGCGUCGUCUUCAAGUUGUCGGCUUAUUCGAAUUGAACAGAUCAUCAUGGAAUUCAAUGAACUCUUCCAUAGCGACUAAUGUGCUCAUACUAUGCCAGAUUGCAUAUAAGAUUUAUUAUUAG